GCGCUCGCGCUGUCGUUGCUAGGGUGACGUCAGUGCUCGCGGCGACGCCUGAACGCCAGGCCGGCGGAGGGGGGUCCUGCUCCAGUGCUCCAGCCGGUGUAGCACAAACAUUUCUUGUACAAGAUGAGCAACAGUCAUCCACUCCGUCCUUACACAGCAGUAGGUGAAAUUGACCACGUUCACAUUCUGUCCGAUCAUGUUGGUGUUCUCAUGAAUGGGGAGGAAUACAGCGAUGUUACCUUUAUAGUGGAAAAGAAACGUUUUCCUGCACACAGAGUGAUUCUGGCUGCCAGGUGCCAGUAUUUCAGAGCAUUAUUAUAUGGUGGAAUGCGUGAAUCUCAGCCUGAAGCAGAAAUCCCUCUCCAUGAUACCACCGCAGAGGCCUUUACAAUGUUAUUGAAAUAUAUUUAUACAGGUCGUGCCAUAUUAAGAGACGAGAAAGAAGAAGUUCUCUUAGAUUUCUUCAGUUUAGCACAUAAAUAUGGGUUUCCAGAACUGGAGGAUUCCACCUCUGAAUAUCUUUGUACCAUUCUUAACAUUCAGAAUGUUUGCAUGACCUAUGACGUUGCUAAUCUCUACUCACUACCUAAACUGACAUGUAUGUGCUUCAUAUUUAUGGAUAGACAUGCUCAAGAGGUACUCUUCAGUGAAGGCUUUCUGUCUCUUUCUAAGCCAGCACUUCUCAGUAUUGUACUGAGGGAUUCAUUUGCAGCUCCUGAGAAAGACAUUUUUCAAGCAUUGAUGAAUUGGUGUAAACACAAUCCUAAGGAAAAUCAUGCUGAAAUUAUGAAGGCAGUGCGCUUGCCGUUGAUGAGCUUGACGGAGCUUUUAAAUGUCGUAAGACCUUCAGGAUUGCUAUCUCCUGAUGCUAUUUUGGAUGCCAUUAAAGUUCGAUCUGAAAGUCGGGACAUGGACCUCAACUAUAGGGGCAUGUUAAUACCAGGUGAAAACAUUGCCACUAUGAAAUAUGGAGCCCAAGUGGUUAAAGGGGAAUUGAAAUCUGCUUUAUUAGAUGGGGACACACAGAACUAUGAUCUAGACCAUGGAUUUUCCCGGCAUCCUAUUGAUGAUGACUGCCGUUCUGGUAUUGAAAUUAAACUGGGUCAGCCAUCAAUAAUCAAUCACAUACGAAUACUAUUAUGGGAUCGAGAUAGCAGGUCUUACUCCUAUUAUAUUGAGGUAUCCAUGGAUGAACUAGACUGGAUUCGUGUAAUUGAUCACUCCAAAUAUCUAUGUCGAUCUUGGCAGAAACUGUAUUUUCCUGCCCGUGUCUGCAG